GAUGGAAGCCAGUGGGAAGCUGCUACCCAUGGUCAUCCAGAUCCAGCCUCCCAGCGCCAGCUGCCCCACCCCACCACUGUUCCUGCCCGCAGAUCCUCCACUUGCCUGGCUCCUGGCUAAGUCCUGGGUCCGAAGCUCAGAUUUCCAUGUUCAUGAGCUCCAGUAUCACUUGCUGCACACUCAUCUGCUGGCUGAGGUUAUUGCUGUGGCCACCAUGAGGUGCCUCCCAGGACUGCACCCUGUCUACAAGGUACAUCCUCUACCCUCCAUGUCCCACCUCCCUGACAUCCCAGAGGAAGGAAACAACGCAACAAUUCUCUAGGAUUUAAAAAGCAUAAGCCACCUGUUUGGG